AUGACCACUUUUGACGACAUCCUGGAAGAAGUUGGCAAAUUCGGCCGCUGUCAGAAACGCAUCUUCGCCAUGAUGUGCCUGGUGUCCAUGCCGUGGGCCGGCGUGUACGUGGGCAUCGUGUUCCAGGGCUACACCCCCGAUCACUGGUGCCGGGACUCAGCGGUGGUGGAGACGAGGCAGGCCUGUGGCUGGAGCCUGGCGCACAGUCGCAAGCUGACGCUGCCUCAGGUCAACAGCUCCGGGGGCGUGCAGCCCAGCAGCUGUGAGCAGUACCAGCUGGACUGGAACAGCACCUCCCUCACCUGCGACUCUCAGGAGCUGGACCUCGGUAGAACUCCCAGAACUGCCUGCAGGGACGGGUGGGAGUACGACUACCAGGGACGACAGUCCUUCGUCACUGAGUUUGACCUGGUGUGUGCAGACAGCUGGUUGGUGGACAUGUACCAGGCCACGCUCAACAUCGGCUUCCUGAUUGGAAGCAUAGCGAUUGGUUACCUGGCUGACAGGUUUGGCCGGAAGUUGAGCUUCCUGAUGUCCAACCUGUUCAACGCGAUCACGGGGAUCCUGGUGGCCGUGGCCCCGAACUACGUGUCUCUGCUGGUUUUCAGAACGCUGUACGGGUUCGGGGUGAAAGGAGGCUGGGUGGUGGGAUACGUGCUGAUCACAGAGCUCGUGGGAGUCGAGCAGAGACGGACGGUGGGAGUCCUGUACCAGAUGUUCUUCAGCGUCGGCAUCCUCCUCCUCCCGCUGCUCGCCUACUUCAUCACCGACUGGCGCUGGCUGCAGGUCGUCAUCACCGUCCCCUACAUCUUCUUCCUGUCCUACUACUGGUUCGUCCCCGAGUCUCCACGCUGGCUUCUGUCUCAGAACAAGAGGUCUGAAGCCGUGAAGAUCACCGAGGACAUGGCCAAAGAAAACAACAGAACUCUGUCCAAGAACAUCGAGACUCUGACGGACGAUAACGCCGCCUCAAGCUCCGCCUCCUUCAUGGACCUGAUCAGAACUCCCAACAUGAGGAAACACACUUUCAUCCUCAGCUUCAACUGGUUCACCAGUGCUGUGGUCUACCAGGGUCUGAUCAUGAGGCUGGGGAUUCUGGGAGGAAACGUCUACAUCGACUUCCUCAUCUCGGGCCUGUUGGAGUUUCCCGCCGCCUUCCUCAUCCUCUUCACCAUCGAGCGGAUCGGCCGACGUCUUCCCUUCGCCGCCGCCAACAUCGUGGCCGGCGCCGCCUGCUUCAUCACGGCCAUGAUCCCUGACAGUAUGUUCUGGUUCAAGACGGCGGUGGCCUGCAUCGGGCGGCUCGGUAUCACCAUGGCCUUUGAGAUGGUCGUGUUCGUGAACACCGAGCUCUACCCGACGUUCGUCAGGAACCUGGGAGUGUCGGUCUGUUCCACGCUGUGUGACAUCGGAGGCAUCGUGGCUCCGUUCCUGCUCUACAGGCUGGCCGUCAUCUGGCUGGAGCUGCCACUCAUCAUCUUCGGGUCUCUGGCGUUCGUGGCUGGAGGUUUGGUUCUGCUGCUGCCGGAGACCAGAGGCGUCCCGCUGCCCGACACCAUCGACGACAUCGAGUUCCCCGACAAGUGA